CGAAAAAUUAUCUCGCGCUCAAGGUACUCGCAUUAAGAAAUUGAGUUUCAUUUACCCACAGUUCAAUAAGCCAAGAUUUUUUUUUAAAGAUCGUUUCAUACUCUACGGCGGAUGUUUUCCAACGCACGCAAUUGUCCUACGCAAUUAUCCUAAACUUUAUCCCAGCGGUCCUAUUAUGUGUGACUGUAGCACCACUCACUUUAAUAAAUCAAUUCCACUUUACAGAAAUUCAAACCCAUCCUACUUAACAUUAUCAACAAACACGCUACCGGUUUAAUCUUUGACUUACAACAUAAGAUCGAAACUUCAAGAACAUUCAACCUUGCAAAUACUAAUGCUCUAUCUAUUGGUCACCCAUGCUACUUACUCAUACACCAAUUAUGCCUGCCGAUCUUACGACCUUAUUUUACAACUACACCGGCAAACAAAAAGCCCGUGACACGGCCUUCAAAGAAUUUAUUAUCCCGUUCAUGCAAGAACUAAACUCCGUUAUUUGGACGGAACGUGCUAGCAACUUUAAACAAUGGGAAACAACACAAGGAAUCACAAAGAAAAAAAAGAAGCGCUACCACCAAUUUUUUAAACAUGAUCGUAAAGAAACCUCCAGAAUCAACAUCGCGAACCAAACCAAUCUCCAAUCUCGUCGUAACCAUCCUCUUUCUAUCCCUAAUUUUUUACAGAGUUUAAUAGUUUUUUUUAUGAUUUGUUUUUAUUUACUUAUAAUCCUACCAAUAUAGCUAAAGAUUGUUCAAUUUCUCAGUUCCUUUUUCUUUUACCUCGGCUGUGUUUUUAUAGCAUCCCUGCGGCUUGGUUAUCAGUUUUUUUUGGUUACUCUCGAUUCUAGUAUUUAGUUUCUUUGUAACUUUUGGUGUAACUUC